CCCUCAGUGAAUUCAGCUCAACAACUCAAUACCUUGUGUGCUGUUUUUUCUCUGCAUUUUCCUUACAAACUUUGUCGCUUCUCUUUUUCUUCGAGAUCCAUUUUCCGUUUGUUUCCAGGGGAAUCGAUUUCAUGGCUACCGUUCUAACUACCAGUGCAAGUGCACCGCCGAGCUUCUACUUCGACGAGAAAUGGAAGCUGUCGAAGAAGGAAGGUUCCUCGAGGAGCCGGUCUUCAACUUCGCCAUUCAUGAAGAAUUCGUCUCACAGACGGUGUUCUUUCACCAGAAAAUGCGCACGAUUGGUUAAAGAACAGAGAGCUCGGUUCUACAUCAUGCGCCGCUGCGUCACCAUGCUCAUCUGUUGGCGCGAUUACAGCGAUUCUUGAAUCAAAAAACAAAGAGGAACCAGAAAGUGAGAUCUAAAGAGGAAAAACUUUUCUCUCUCUUCCUGCGAGAAUCCAGAUCAUUUUGUCUUCUAGUCCUCUCUUUUUUUUCUUCUUCUUCUCGGCAUCCAAACAGGAUGUUGAAGAAAUUACAUACUUGUACAUAAAGCUUAACUAGCUUUUUUGAGCGCUUGAAUAUGCCUAUUACCUGUUUCGCUAUCUUGUAUUUGGAAAAUAGGAAGAUUAAUAUGAUAGAAAUAUAUCCAAUACUGCUUG